CGGGAAACAAGUAAACGUAAAAGAAGUGAGGAAAAGAUGAAAUUGUUUUUAAUUGUUUUUUCUUUUUACUUUGUACUAAUGUGGUUCUUUUUUUUUUCCCCUGUGAAACUUUAAUAAAUAUUAUUUAAAAGAAAUGUACGAGAAAGGAAUGCACCUCAGUGGUACAGCAUCUGUUUUGCAUGCAGAAGGUCCCAGGUUCAGUCUCCAGGUGGGGGUGGGACUGGGAGAGAUUCUGGUCUGAAACAGAUCAAUCGCACCACAAGCUUUUCAAAUGGCAAUGCAAUACAAAAAGCACAGUCUAUGACAAGGAGUAGCCAACACAGAUGCUGAUUUGUCCUUUUGCUUAAAAAUAAGUGUUGCCAACAGGCCACAGGGUGCUUUACAACAACAUCAUAAUAAUAAGCCACACAAGGACUUGCAAACAAAAGCAGCAGCAUCAAACUAUUUUCACAUUACUUCAGUCACAAUUCCCCUGCUGGAAUAGGUGUGCCUUCACCUGCUUUCUAAAACAAAAUGAUAAUCUGGCUAGGCACGCCUUAGUGAGAACAUUCCAGAGCAAUGGAGCCACCACUAAAAAGGUCCUUCCAUUGGUCCCAGAGGUAUGCACUUCAUCCUGCGCAGGGACCACCAGUCAGGCAUCAUCCACUGACCUUAAGGUGCAGGCAGGAUGGUCUGUGAGAAGGUGUUCCCAUCGGGCUUGUCCACAUGUAAGCAUUGUUUAGCUGUUAAUCUACUCCCCACCCCACCAUUCAAAUUGCAUUAAACUAGUUGAGACCCAUAUGUAUUUAAAUUUGUAUCUGGGGAGUAAUUUACAAUUUAUACCAGUAGGUGUUACCUUUUCUGUUUGUCCCCACCUUCUAAUUUAUUAAUUCUGUUACACCAGUUAUGUACUGGUAGGGCACAUAAACAGAUUUCUGCAGGUGCACCUUGUUUUUGUUUUCUUGUUUUGUCCUGUUUUAAUUCCCCUGCCCAGAACAUAAUUUUUAAUUUUGUUUGUGUUGUUUUAUGGUUUGGGGAAAUCCGAGGAAUCAAAAUAAAUAUAUACGGCUACACUCCUCUGUUCAGGAACAUGCCAAAAAUAGCAUUUAUACUUCAUUCUUUACUCCACUUUUAAAGGAAUCCUCUCCCCAUCUUUUUCUCCCUACUCUACUUUUAACACAGUGAUUUCUGCCCUUUCCUUCUAUUUAUCAUUCUGCAUCUAUUUUUCACAGUGGUUCAGCCAAGCUAUUGCAAGCACCCUCCUCCCUAGCCAUGUCAACCUUGCUAAUCAAAAAGCAAUCAGGCACACACUUUAUUAUUUAUUCCGAUUGUCCCUUUGCAGAUGCAACUUUAUCUGACCCACACCAGGUGUCACAUACAAAGCCAGAUGUGGAGCAGGUGGACAUGGUUUGAGGGAAAUGGCCUCAUUUCUGAAAUUAGGGUCCCUGGUGGGCCUAAUUUGGCCUGUGAGCUGAGGGUUUCCCUUCACUGAUUUAUUCUCAGGAACUGGUCUGUUUGUCACUUAUAUAAAGCAGAAGGGUGUUGCUGGCAAAUGACAACUGGAAGAUGAGGAAAUGAGCCCUUGUUAUUAUGUGUUGUGAUAUUCUGUCAGUAGUAGAUUAUUCCUCCAGACGUUUAUCCUUGUCAAGUUGUUGGUGUUGCUUUUGAUGGAUAACAGAGGGGACUGAUGCUCUGAUCAGAUCAGCCCACCCCUGACAUAUGCAUCCACGAAUAUAAGAAGACCAUCAGUGAGACAAAUUAACUUCUAUAUGCAAUUAAUUCCCACCCCAACAUUAGGCAUAUCAGAAAGGUAUGUUGAAAUCAGGCCCCAUCAAAAUAACCUUGAGUUUACACAGAAAUUCCCAUUCCUGUCUUCAUUCUUAACUGAGGUAGCAUUGGCCAAUGGUAUUGUAGGGGGACCCCAAGGGACCCCAAAAUAUGUUUUGUGUGUAAAAGGUAAAGGUAAAGGUACCCCUGCCCGUACGGGCCAGUCAUGUCCGACUCUAGGGUUGUGCGCCCAUCUCACUUAAGAAGCUGGGGGCCAGCGCUGUCCGGAGACACUUCCAGGUCACUUGGCCAGCGUGACGAAGCUGCUCUGGCGAGCCAGCACCAGCGCAGCACACGGAAACGCCGUUUACCUUCCUGCUAUAAAGCAGUACCUAUUUAUCUACUUGCACUUUAGGGGUGCUUUCGAACUGCUAGGUGGGCAGGAGCUGGGACCGAAAGACGGGAGCUCACCCCGCUGCGGGGAUUCGAACCGCCGACCAUAUGAGUGGCAAGUCCUAGGCACUGAGGUUUUACCCACAGCGCCACCCGCGUCCCUAUGUUUUGUGUGAGAAACCUAUAAAAAAAAGCCCCAACUGAAUGAUAUAUUGGAGUUCUGUUAAAAUCCUUGUUCAUAAUAGUUUUGUUUUGUUCAUAAAAGACACAUAGCCCAGUUGCUGGAAAUACCAAAGAUAAGGCAUUCAGGGAGUGAACUUCUGAAGAGUAAAAUUAUGGGAGUCUGGCUGUGCCAGCUUACCAAGGACAACUCCCCUUUUGUAGGCUUGUUAUCUAGGUGAACAUAAAUCUCAGACUACAAUUCUCCUUUCUUUAGUAUGUAGGCUUGUAUCUAUGUAGGCUUCAAAACUUUGGAAGCGAGGGGCCCUAGAAGGGCUGGACACACAUCAAGUUGCAGGCUGGACAUCUAGAAAGUUGUAUCCAAUGAGUAUUCUGCCAGCUACCCUCUGAAAAUGUCUGCAGCAGUUUGAUUGGAUUUUAUCUCUAAAACCUAUACAGUGGUACCUUGGUUCUCAAACACCUUGGUACUCAAACAACUUGGAACCCAAACACUGCAAACUUGGAAGUAAGUGUUCCAGUUUGUGAACUUUUUUUGAAAGCCAAAUGUGCUCCAUUUUGAGUGCCACACUUCCGUUUUGAGUGUUACGCUGAGGUCUGUCUGUUUUUGCUAUUUAUUUUGCGUUUUUGUUUGUUUUUUGGCUGUGUGGAACCCAGUUCAGCUACAGAUUGAUUGAUUGAUUGUGUGACUGCAGUACAUUGUUUAUUGCUUUCAUUUUAUGGAGCAAUGGUCUCAUUAGAUAGUAAAAUUCAUGUUAAAUUGCUGUUUUAGGGGUUGUUUUUUAAAAGUCUGGAAUGAAUUAAUCCAUUUUGCAUUAGUUUCUGUUGGAAAGCACACCUUGGUUUUGGAACGCUUUGGUUUUGGAACAGACUUUUGGAACGGAUUAAGUUUGAGAAUCAAGGUACCACUGUAAAAGGUCUGGGGGGUCCCCCCCCCCCAUUCAGCCUUUGUGGAGGUGACCGUGCUGAACCUAUUUACUGCAGUAAAUAAACUUUUGGACUCUUUCUUCAACCCGACUCACGAGUACAGUGGUGCCUCGCAAGACGAAAUUAAUCCGUUCCGCAAGAGUCUUCGUCUAGCGGUUUUUUCGUCUUGCGAAGCAAGCCCAUUGACGGAUUAGCGCUAUUAGCGCUAUCAGCUGUUUAGCGGCUAUUAAAGGCUUAAAGGCUUAGGGGAUUAGCUGCUAAAAGGCUAUUAAAGGCUAUUAAAGGCUUAGCAGAUUAGAUAAAGGGGGGGAAAAGCGAAAAAAAAAUCUCUAGACUCGCAAGGUAUUUUCGUCUUGCGAAGCAAGCCCAUAGGGGAAUUCGUCCUGCGAAGCAACUUCAAAACGGAAAACCCUUUCGUCUAGCGGUUUUUCCGUCUUGCGAGGCAUUCGUCUUGCGGGGCACCACUGUAAUUAAUAGUUCUAGUGAGACAGCAGAUUUGCCCUGCAACAGUUUGACUAAUAUAUUAUCAACUAGCCCCUAAGUCUCUCUGCAGCUCCCAUUGCCCUUUCAGUGGAAUAGCUUGAAAUCGGAAUUAACAGCCUGCAUUUCUGUGACUCGCCUCCUCUGUAGCUAGCAAGGAAAUGUAUAAUUCUUAGUGGGCUGUUUUAAUAACAUUGCAGGCUAGUAACUUGUGUGGAUUUAUUUACAAGCUUGCAUUUUUAUUCCAUGUCCCUCUUUCAUAUCUGUCAAUCUCAAGACAGUGUCCGCACCCCCACAUAUUAUAUUCAUAGCAGUCUUGUAUAUAAAUAUAAAUGGAUGGUUUAUUUUGGUAGCUAACUGACAGGCAAAAAAAGAAGUUGUAAAUGUGAUUAGAACAAUGUUGGAGAAAUCCUGGUCAGUAUUUUAAAUUUUGGUUUUAGCUCUAUCACGAUGGGGAAAAAAUGGUUGAUAGACCUGAUGAAAGUAAAUAAGUAAAUAAAAUAAAUAACAAGAGCAGAGUACAUCGGAAUCCCGUCAGCCAUGAGGCACGCUGGAUGACCUUGGGCCAUCUCAGUGUAAUUUACUUCACAGCAUUGUUGUGAGGGUAAAAUGGGUGAAGAGAAAAAGAUGCAUAGCCCGCUGACCUCUUUGAAGGGAAGAUGGAACAUAAAUGCAGUGACAAUUCAGUUUGGGAUGAUACCCUUUAUUUUGCAGCACAGAGGUGCACAAAUCCCAGCUACUGAUUCAAGCUGCAUUUAAUUUAAUAAGCUAACAAGCCAAAAAAUAAAAAUUCAUAACUUUGUUUCAAAAAGCUUCACAUAAAGAAGCAGGGAAUGGGGAAUAGCUUCAGACUCCUAUCACACUGGGGGCGGGGGGGGGGAAGGCCUUUGGGUGGCUGAUGCACUUUUAAAAACCAUCAAUAUUGCCCUUGGGUUUUUCAUUUUUGUUGUAAUAGCCUUUCACCCAAAUUAGGGGUGAGGGGAAUUCCAUCCAAGUCGUUUAGCUGAGGGGCUCGAUCCCUUUCUAGGAUCUCUUGCUCAUUCUAUCUUAUCUAUACAUGUACAGUAUAUUCUUCAUUACUCAUUGGUUCAGGGCAAACCACCCAAAAUUUUGGAGGGAACCAGAGCAUUUUGUGGGCGCUGUAUUUUCCAGUUAUCUGCCCAGAGCAUAUUAUUUUGCUUUUUAAGGCAUCCCUUCGCCAACUUUUUUCACCAGCACUGUUUUUGAAACACAGUGGUCCUCCCCUUCUCCCCCUAUUUCCCCCACAAUGGUUCAGCCCAACUGUUGCUAGCUUCCUCCCCUCAAUAGUUUGAGCGGACUUCUCCUAACUACCACCCCACACCGCUCGAGCCUAGGACGCUCUCGUCGCUCAUUGGCUCUCUCUUUUUUUGCAGUUGGGAGGGAAGAGCGACAGUUUAGCAGAAAGCACUCAAAGUAGCAACCUGGCGAGGCGCGGGGGCGAACGAAUGAUUUUUGUCUGGUCACGGGGGCUAAGGGAGUAAUAAAAGACCACUUUUCAUUGGCUCGCCGUCCAAGCAGCGAAUGAUAGGCAUGCUGUGAUUGGUUGUUUGACGUCGGAGUUAAAGCGAGUGCUCUAGGAACCGUUUUAUGUGCAUGAAUGCUUGCUUGCCUUUUAUAGCGUUCGGAAAAACUCUCCUGUUCUCCUUUUUUUUGUCACGCCGCUCCACAAAAGUAUCCCGUAGCCAAUAUAUAUAUCGGUUUCAAAGUGACAUGGUAAUGCUAUAAAAAUGUUGCCUCAGAACCUUAAUUAGCCUUCGGAAAUAAAAUCUGCAUUCUCCUCACCCAACAAUUUUUUCAUAGUAUUGACACACCAUUGUGAGGGCAUCACUAGCAACCAUCCCACAGGAUCCCGUCAUCCUGUCAAAAACAAGAUGGCGUCACUAUUGCCUGUAGUAACACUCAGUUACUUAACUUGGCUAUCUAGUGACACAAUUCCCUCGUAAACCCACACUGUCCUUUUACACAACUGCUGUGCCUUAACUUCACGUCAUUUGGACACCGUGCAUGAAGUGCCCUUCCAAUACUUCCCCAACAGCAACCUGGCUUCAAACACACCCCAGCGUUUUAAAAUUAUGUCAUGUUUCUGUAGUAAUUCCAUGGCAUGAGUCCCUCUCGGUCAUGUCAAGAUUAUAGCGGCAUAAUCUCCUCCAGGAGUCUAUUUCAUAUUUCUCCAGAAGCAAAUGUUGGUAACUUGGGUGGUCCAGGUGACCGUAACCAGAGCAGGCCUUCGCAUGAAGCGGUUGCAUCAAAUUUCAGAGGGGUUGCCAUUUUCCCACCUCUAAUCUCCAUCUCUGUGGCUGCAAUCCAAAAUAUACUUACUUGAAAGUGAAUCCCCUAGAAAAAAGGCAAGGCUCACUUCCAAGUAUGGACUGGGAUGUGCUUGUCAUUAAAAAAAUAAAUAAAAUAAAAUCAGCCAAUUGCCUUAGGGUCAUUUUCAAUUUUCAUACUGAGAGCAAAAAUGUCAAAGGCCAGCACAGGCAAUCACACUUUUGACCUCACCCAUUUAUUACCCUCUGUUUGGGUAAUCCUGCUCCACCAGCAGCAGCGUGCAACUAUCUAAAAUAGGAAAGAUGCCAUUUUAGAGGCAAAGAAAAUGUAUCUUUUCCGGCAUAUUGCAAGACUGAGACGGGAGGGUAUACAUUUGAAGUGGUCAAGGAGCGCAUCGGGAAACCUUCAAAGCUGGUUCUAGUCAACAUUUAGGAUGGGCGGCUCUGUUUAGAUCAAGGAAAUGAGACAUGAUGUUUCUCCCCUCCCUUUCAGGUUCCCACACCAUGGGAGACAAUGAGGAUCCUGACGCUGCAGCAGCACCAAACAUGCAGUGCUCCCCUUCAGACUCCACCACAGACGACAGCAGCACCCAAGAUGAUUAUGCGCUCCCCGCCAUCGUACGCUCUCCAACCUGUGCCCGCUGCCGCAAUCAUGGCAUCCGAGUCCCACUGAAAGGCCACAAGAACACUUGCCAGUUCCAGGGGUGCCAGUGUGAAAAAUGUAUCCUGAUCCUGUACGUCUGGUGGGAAAGCAAGUUGGAAGUGGGUGCUGGCCCCUGACAUUGUGGGGAUUUGUGUUGAACGUAGCACAGUGCUGGUCUCAGUAGGUGGCACUGUUCCCUUAUGAAUAAGGCCUUCGUCAUAUUAAGCUGCAAGCACUACCUCUCCCCUUUGUGCUUUGCUAGCUCCGCGGAAGCCUAUUAAUACUUGCAAUGAUGUACGGCACAAUGUUUUUCUUUUUAAAGUACACUCCUUGCAGCUCCUUGCUCGGUAUCCUAAAGGAAGAAUCUGUAUGCAAAUGUGCAUGGAUGGCUUUGAAAACUGGAAAAAGGCAAUCUUGGGAGGGUAUGACUAGAGAACCAGGAAGGUUAAAUGUGCAUCUGAAACUCCAAAGCAGGGCAGGCCAACUUUUCAUACCAAGUAGGCCGCAAGAAUACUUCAACAUGGAACCAGCAGGCUACAUACACUGCCUUGUCCAUAGCUAUCAACCUUCCCUUUUUUUUUUUUUUUGUGGGAAAUUCCCUUAUUCCAGCGCUGCUUCCCGCUGUUAUGCCGGAUUGUUAAAAUAUCCUCUAGACUGUCCCUGGGACAGGUGAGGCUGCUGAUCCCUUAUUUUCGAGGCUGCUGAGCCUUUAUUUUCAAAUCUGAAAGUUGACAGCUAUGGCCUUGUCACGUGGGAGGAGGAAAGCAAAGCCAAAACUUGAUGCUCCCACCCCAAACCUUUGUACUGCCUUUCCAAAGCCGGCCAGCGAGACGCCAUGCUUUGCGAAGGAGGUGCUAGGCUCCGGCAGGGUUCUAGAUCCCUCUCACUUCCUUCCCAAAGCUGAGGAAGCACUAACUAGGCUUUGGGAAGGAGGCAGUAGGACCUUAGGACCCUGCCAGAGAGCCCUCACACCUUCUUCCCAAAGCCUAGCCCAGGAGUGGGGGGCAUCAAAUGUUGCCAAGGGCUGCAAAAAAGGCCUCAAAGGCCAUGUGUUGGACCACCCUGCUCCAAAGGGAGAAAAGCAGGAUUUGUUACAUCGUAGAGAAAAGACCAAGAACUCUUUGCUUGUGUGUGAUUUGUAUUUGCCCACGCUACCACUUUAAUUCUUUAUUUAAUGGUUUCUCCUCCCAGGCAGAGACGCCGGGUCAUGGCUGCCCAGGUGGCCUUGCGCAGGCAGCAGGAGAUGGAGCUGAGGAAGCUGACCAGUGGUUUGCUGCAGCUUCAAGACAGUCCCACAUCAAGCUCUCUCCACCCGGCCAAACUACCAAAAGGGAUCAAACCAUGCAGGGGAGACAUAGGUAAGCUGCUAUGAGAACAGGAAAACAUGGGACAUUGAAUUAUAUAAAUAAAAAAAUACAAAGGACUGAACUGUACUCCUCAUUGAUCUGAAUUUGCUUCCAGUCCUAAAUGUGUUUAGGAUUAUAGCAUUUAGCAUUAAUUAUAUAUACAAUCCCAUCAGCUUAUAUGGGAGCAACUGACUUUCUCAAUCGCCUCUGAGUUCUAAAACAAAACAACACAACCAGAGAAAAAGGCGGGGUAUAAAUACAUAUAUAACAAUAAUAAGACAGGCUGCCAAACAUAGGGGAGCAGAAAAUAUAUGUCCGAUGUGAAUGGCUGCAAUGAAAUAAAUGAGGAUUUGUGCUGGCAAGGAAUGAUUUUUGCAAAUUCAGCUCCAUGAGCCCUUGCAAACAGAUGCUUUGAACUUAGAUGGAAAAGCUGAUUAAGAGUACACACAAAAAUUAACAAGUGGGAAGAGGGUUAAGUGCAUUCUCCCCACAAUUUUUCAUGCUCCAAAAUUAUCCUCCUGAAACUGAAUUUCUCAAAAAAAACACACCUGUUUGUGGGGUGGUUGUUAAAAUAUGUAUGUAGUUUUGUCCUUAGGGUCAGGGACUCAGGGACUGCUGCAAGUCCAGCAACCUUUGGCUCUUUCUCUCCUUGAAAAAAUCCAUUCAGGCUGGUAUUUAGAAGCAUUCUGUGCCUGUGUUUGCUUUUUUAAUUCUUCCCAUUUCCUUUUUUCUUUUUUCUGUCAUGUCUUUUAGGUUGUAAGACUGUGGGCAGGGACUGUUGCACUACUGACAUUUGUAAGCCAGCUCUAGGAAUCUUUUUGGCUGAAGACUGAGUAAAAAAUGUCUUAAAUAAAUAAAUAAAUACCGUAUCAUAGGAGGUAAAUUGGCUGCUUGUCAGAUUUUAAAUAAUAAAUACACUUAUUUAUUUUAAGUAUUUUUUACUCCAUUAUUUUGCACUGAAAAGGCUCCUUGAGCCGCUUACUAACUAUUUUUGUAAGACAGUCCUUGCCCUCAAGUUUAAUCUAAAUGUUGUGGCAAACAAGGGGAAAGCCGGAAGGGAGGCGGUAAGCAAACUCAGGCAUCGGUUCUUAAAGUUUCAGUUCUUAAACAACCAACUUCAGAUAAUCUGAUGGAAUAGUGCUGCUGGGAACAGCUCAGGGAGGGUCAAAGGUGUUAGUCUCUCAUCAGAGCAGACCUGUGGGGGAGUGCAGCCAGGUACACUUGCCCCAGACCUUGGAAGGCUAAGAGGGCCAGGGUAGGCCCCAGGUCUCAGACAAGCUCUGCACAGACCUGCAGCAGAGUCAGUGAAAUAGCCCUGCUUCCCUUUGCUGUGCAGCAUGACAGACACCAAAUGAACUACCAUUACACGACUUUUUCAAAAUUCAGGCAACAUUCCAGUUCACAGCUAGUGACCCACAAGCUUCUUCUCUUUUGUUGUACAGGCAGGAAAGAGAAUGAAGAACCCUUGAAAGAUUCAGAGGAUGGACUCAGAGGGGUUCCAGGACUCCUACGAAGACAAAGGCGGAGAGCAGCCAGGAAGGUGAGGAAAAGGGACUAGAUCACUUAUCUUGUCUUCUUAUUUGAUGGGGUCAUUUUAACAGUAGAUUGUGGUUGGCACUUGCAGAAAGAGAUUUCCGGUCUUCUCUUUAUACUGGCAACAAUAUGCCUUUUCCAAAGCUAAACUCAGCUUUGUUGUCAUAGAGUUGUUAGCAAAAUGGCCAGGAAAUGAGAAAUGAAAUAAAGCUGGAAGCCUUGAAAUGUAGAUGUCUUGAUAUCAUCAAAUUAAACAUAAAGUAGCCAGCCUCAUAUACGUUUGCCAGCAUAACACUGGAGUCACUAUUAGCACUUAGGGGUGUUUUAUUUUUGGUAAGGGCUACUUCCCCUUAUAUAUCCAACCUGAGCCUGUGGAACUCCUUGCAACAGUAGGCUUGGCAGGCGUGGGCAGUGCCAGAGAGUGGAAAGGUGUUCUCCCUGGCAAAAUGCUCUGGAAUCUAGGUGUAGCCUGUGAUGCCUCCCUUUGUUUCCUUCACUCCUUUAAGAUCUAGGAGACUUGACUGAUUCUCUGGCUAUAACCUCACAGAAAAUGUCCCCUAUGAUGCUAUCAGGAUUUCCCAACGAUAAUUAAUAUAUUUCAUGUGAAUUAAUGAUUUGAGCAGAAACUUUUAAAAAAUUGCUUCUUUUAUUUGAGGAAAUACCGUAAUUGAUAUGAUGUUUGCAAUAUUUAUAAGCUGUAUUUGCAUUGCAUUGUGCAUUGUUCUCUAGGAAUGUUCUUGGUUGCCUCUCCCUCACUGCUCUAAAGUGACAGAACUGCCGUGGGCCCUUAGAGGACAUCAACCACCUCAUACUGCUUGGUUCCCCCCUCCGCUUCCUAUGCCCCCUGCACCCUUCUGCCCAUUCUUGCCUCAGGAACAUUCUUUUCAGUUUCAAGGUAUGUUAGGUGGGUGACCAAUUUCUCUAGUAAUAAAUCUGGUGUAAUCUAUUUAUUUAUUUUGUUGCAUUUAGUAGUCUGCUCUUCACUGAACAUUUUCAGUCACAGAGCAGGGCACAACUAAUAAAAUUAAACAAAGUAAAAACAACAGCAUACAAAAAUUACAAAAAAAAACCCGACAACAAUUUUGUCACAAGGAAAAAAAGCAAAACUACAAAAACCAAAUACCGUGGUAAAAAACAAACACAAGACCGUCAAACGUUUUAGACAACCAGCGGUCUUAGAAAGAGUUCCUACUCCCUGUUUCACAUAUAGAAGCCCACUCACUCCCCCUCUGUCUCUCAUACAAACAGGGCCCCACUCUGAGCCAACAGACCCUCACCCUGUGAUUUGAUGGCUAAUAUUUUAGUUGCAUGCAAUUAAUAAAACCUACAUGAUCAUAGCACACGCUAUGAAAGAUACGGUAUAUUGCACUUCUUAUACGAUAAUAGCAGCAAUUAUAUAAGAAUUUAAUGUAACCUUUCCAGCAUCCUGGUGUUCUUUGAAACAGCCCUGAGGAACGAGGUGUUGCUUCAGAAAGGCUGGCCCUAGUUCUGGUUUCUUAUAUUGUAAACACCAUGCUGUAUUCAGGGUCUGAUCAUUGAGCUUGUUUUCCACCCCCUGCAGGUUGUGAUGGUAAUGAAGCGUUGUACAUGCCAGAUAGUUAUAUGACAGCUCCAGGACAGAUGUUUCACCAGACCCCUGGCACGUCCUGGUGCUUACCUUCACCUGCCAAUCUGCCCAGGUACUGUAUUUUGUGUAUGGUGUUCCAGCAUCAGGAAUAUUUAAAGCUAAGUAAUGGUCUGUGACUGAAAAUUUAAAAACAGGACUAUGUCUCUUAUAACAGCUAAUCAGCCAGGAAGACUUAACUGUGGGUGACUGAAAUCUUUGGUCAUUAUAGUUGUAAAAACUAUAAUAUAGGUCAGUAUGAAUAUUUCCAUAUGCAAAAUAAAUUUAAAGACUGCUUAUUUUGCAUAUGAGAACACAUUUCUGGUGAAAAUAAGGGAAUCUUAUCACAAUGAUAAGAAGAAGUCCUUGCAGAGUUAUCUAGUAAAAAGAAUGUGGACAUUCACUAGAGUUGCUAGAUCUUUAAAGAGGUGGCCCUGGCCAUAUCACAUUCCCAAGCAUAACAUGUUGAAUGAGGUCUGUAAAAAGUAACAUAGCUCCAGAGCAAGUUUGAACUUUUGAGCUGGCAAUUCUACCACCUGUCCACUCACAUUUUGUCCACACUAUAUGAUGAAAUAUUUGCUCUCUAUGAAAUAUUUCCUUGUCCAAAAUGUUUAUGCACAUGACAGUUGUGUAAACACCCUAAGGAAAGUCUGGCAGCUGUAAUGUUCUGUCUCCCUGCUCUGCUGAGGAUUCAAAAACAAGAAGCCAGGACAAGACAGAGAGCAAACAGUUGGUAAUAGUACCUCUGGGUAUUAAUCACAUGGUUGAUUUAGCCAUCAGGUAGUGCCUCCCGCAUGUGGGAAUGAACAUGCCUUUUGGCUACGAUCCUAAGUGCACUUAGCAUAAAUGUUCAAUUAAUGUCAAUAGGACUGACUUCUGCCACAAUGUUUACAGUAUCAGGGUGUAUAUUAGCUCACUAAUCCCAAGAAAGGGCUAAUCCAGCUAACGUCAGGGCUGUUGAGGAAUAAGUCUCCGCUAGACACAAGGCCCAUGAUUUAAGAUGGGUUAUUUAUUAAGUGAUCUACUUCUCUGUGUAAAUUACAUUGUAAGUAGAAGGUAAAGUUACUAAAGUAAUUACAGUGAAGUCAAAGGGAAGUAUAAAAGGUAGAGUUUGCUAUAGAAAUUUAUGAGAUACAAAGCAGAUAAACUGAUGACCCUUUUGGCCAACUUCUGUUGCUAAAGGAAAUAUUCAAACUUUCCAUUUACACAGAAGUCUUAAUCUAGAGCAGGAGUGGGGAACUUCAGACUCAGAGGCUGAAUGUGGCCCUCAGAACUCUCCCCAGGCAACACACCUCAUUAGCCCUGUUCUGCAACCAAGAUUUUUUGCCUGGUUGAAUAUGUUCUUGAAGUGUGGAGAUGUUCUUUCCUUGCCUGGAUGGAGGGUGGAGAGGGAAAACCUCUGACGUUUGCUUGGCCUACAACAAAGAAAGCAUCACAUCCGUUGCUCCACCCACUUUUGGGCAUGCAUGCGGCCCCCAGAUGGUUACUCACAAGGGAAAGUGGCCCUCAGGCUGAAAAACAUUCCUAUCGCUGAUCCAGAAGAAUCUAGUGGAAGCACAAAGUCACAGAUAUGAAGUAGACAUAGCAAAGACAGUGCUAGAAUAAUUGUCUUGUUAUGAGUGGAACCAGAGGGUGGUAUAUGCCUUUACUGCUAGAAUAAUGUAUUUGCACAAAUUAUUUAAAGAACAAUUUUAACAGUUCCAUGUAACUUCAGGUCCUGUAUAAUGAAUAAACAGAAAUUGCUCCAUGGAAGACACUACCUAAUCUAUUAUUUAUCUCUUAUUCUUUGGCACUGGUUCAGCAACAGCUGUCUAUACUAACAAACAUUUACUGCAAACAGCAAGUUGUGGGUGGAAAUGUAAAGUGAACUUGGGAGAAUGACAGAUGCAGAAGCCCCUCUUCCCCCUCAACAGUUUGUGGUUUAGCAAGGACAGAAGGCGAGUGGGAGACAAGCUGCCAGUAAGGAACUUUAUAAACAGGAUUGAAUGUGCUCUCUGUCUUUCUCUCUCUUCCCCCUCCCAUCCACCCUCUUCCAGCCGCAUGGCCCUGAAUCCCCUGAGUGGCAACAUGGAUUUCAGCAGACGUCCAAAGGCUGCACCUUUGGGAGGUCAGGUAUUUUGGUCCUUGUGUCUUGCACAAAAAUUGCCCGUGAGCUGGAAUUAUUACCUUCAGCCUCCUUCCUGAAAGAUGGGAACACACAUUUCAGUGAUCUUGCAGGAGGUAGCAAAGCUGGCAGUCAGAAUUAUUUAGUCUGCCCUGUUCUGUGGGAGGGUGAAUACACACAUGCCAGUGUAUGGUAAGGAUUCUCUCCUGAUGUCUCUCCAGUUGGUGGCUCACAGGUGUGUUAGCUUGUCACAGAGAAAUGGAGAGUAGUUCAAGGUCUUGGAAUGGGCAACCUCUUUACUAAUAGUAGAACUGAUGCUUCCCCUAUAAAAGUCCCAUGAUCCAUUUUGGAGGUGAUUGCUUCUCUGCCAUAAGAAGGCCCCAACUUGCCAGGGCCUUAUAUUGGUAGAGGGUUUUCAUGGGCUGGUCCAGUGGUUUAGUGGGAGAGGGUAAAAGUGGGACAGUCAGCCAGUCAUGCUCUUUGGUCUAAUGUUAAGUUAUGAAAUGCCAUAGCUCUGGCUGCAAAAGAGGAACUGUGUUGGAAACAGUAAACAUUAUCCCUUGGAAAGUGAAACAACUCCUAUUCCUUUCCAGCCCUUUAAAUUGGACUAAGCAGAAUGCACAGCUGGGGAGAACACGAGCAAUGAUUGGCAAGGCUAAAUGAUAUCCAUGCAAUCAAAGAAUUGUUAUUUGGCACAGGCAAUUGGUAAAAUGACUAAUAAUUGGUCUAUACUUCACUCUGUAUACAUGGAAAGCAGCCAGAGUUGCAUCUCCAUCCUAUUCUAAUCGGAAACCUUUAUUAAAAUAUUCCAUGUUGCAAGUGCCCAUACCACAAGCCAACCUGGGGCUAGAUUAAAAUUGAGGACCUGUCCUGCAGCAGAGGCCGGUUUUGUGUCAUUCUUAUUGCUGCUACCACUUUCCUUUUUUCUUCUUAACUCUGGCGAGGAAAAGGAGUCCAGAGCUAUGAGCUGGUUACCUGCAUGGGCGAAGCUUCAGCUAGCACCUUCUCAUCAGGGUAACACUUCAUGCUUCUGAUAAAGUGGACUGUAACCCACAAAAGCUUAUACUAUAAUACAAUGGUUAAGUCUUUUAAGGUGUUGCAGGUCUCUUUGUUCUUUCCCACCAGCAAAGAAGGAUGCAAGAUUUACCCUGCUCUUAUUCUGUUCCCCAAACUCUGCAAAAAGAACAAGCAGAAUCUGUACCUGAGACGUUCAUUAAUCUAGUUCAUGUCUGUUUGUUAAUCAUGAGGUUAAUAGUCUCUCCCCCUCUCUCUUCAGCCAACCUCUUCUGCUCAUGUUUCGGUCUGGCCCACCAGGGGGUUUAUCUUCUCCCCCCUUUCUGAACAACAGCUGCAGAAAGAGGCUGCUGAAGCCUUGAUGGUGCUAAGAAAUGCUCCCCAGCCAGGUCCCAUUUUGGCCACUUCCAGUCUUCUGCCCCCCACCAGCUCUGCACCUGCUCUGUUGGCCUCAUCAGCUUUCACACGCCCUUCAGCAACAUUUCACAAUCCCGGGGUGGCCAGUCCCUUCCAGCAGCAUCCCUCAUACUACAUGCCUCCAUGUGACAUUCAGCCUGUAAAGGCUUCCAAGGACAUAGCUUUGAAAGGAACCCAGCUGUCCCCAGAGUCAGUCAGUGCUCAUGGAGAACAGGCCCCAGGGCCUCUUUUCCUUCCGUUGCUCCAUGGAAGUGCUCUUCCCCAGCAGUACAAAAAUGUCCAUCUAUUCUCAAUUGCUCCAUCCCGGGCACCCCAAGUGGCUACUUCUGUAAUGGUUUCCAGCAUCCAAGCUGUCAAACCCAGCCUCAGAGGGACUUCCAGUGUCAGCCACCACCAUUUUGCUCCAAACGUGGCAACCUACCACACAGCUUCAGGCUCCAUGCCACAUACCAUCUGCAUGCCACAAACUGUAGACAGUGGUUGGAUUUCCGAGACAAAUGUUGAAGUCCUUGCUCCAUCCAGCUCCACUCACAGUGGCCCUCAAAUUCUGCCCUUCUGUGUCCCACCAAUGGAUGUGUCUGUCACUUCAGUGCCCCUACAAACUGGCAUCCCAUGCACUCCAUUUGGGAUGGAACUGCACAUGCUUCCCAGGCUGUCACUGUUGAAUCCUACCCCCUACAUUAUAGCUCAGGAAGGUUUCCCAGAGCCAGUUUCCCCCCCAGGGCAGAAAUCACAACAAUGCCAUCAGCAACAGAGCCAAGAAGGAAAGCAUUCCAGCAAGGGGCAGGAAAGAGAAGAACAUGGCAGAAGCCACAAUGCGCCUGGGAGCAAGGACCCAGAAGGUACACUAUAGACAAUGCAGCUGCAAUCGAUGCCAGAAGGACUAAUAUGUGUUAUCAAGUGUUUUUGAAAACAGUGUCUCCAAAAGAGCAAUGACAUGUGCAGAAAGCACCCUGUACCCAAAAUAUAACUGAGGGCUGUAUAUAGAGAUUUUAUUUUAUUUUUCUCACACAUAAACACACUAGAACUUAAUGAAAGUGAUUGGCAGUAGGAUCAGGACUAACAACAAAAAUACUUCACACUUACACAGUCAACAUGAAAUUGGCUGCAGUUGUGAUAGCCACUGGACUUAAAAAAAAAAAAUUAGAUUUUUUUUGCUGGAGGAUAACAGUUAUGAUGAUAAUAAUAUUGGUAAACCUUUCAGGGCUGUUGUAAGGGUUAUUGAAAUAAUGUAUGCAAAUAUGUGCAUUUGAGCUUUUAGAAAAACUCACUAUACAAAACUGAAGUAUUUUAAAUUUUGGAAAUGCCCUUCCAUGACGCAGCACUGAUACCUGUAGCAAUUUGUUUGCUUUCAUAGGAAUUUGCACAAAAUGUUAAGCACGUGUACAGGCAGACAUGGAAUCUGGAAUGAGGGGAUCUUUAUUUCGCUCUGUAGAUAUUAAUGCUGGGUUCUUGGGUUGUUGUUCUUUAAAAAAGGAUUUGAUCUGUUGAUGUAUAGGAACAUUCCUACCGCUAGCAAGAACAGUCCUUGCAGAGAAAUUGUUAAGAAUGCAUGCAAACUAGCUUCAGCAGGUUUCUCCUUUAUCAGGAAACCUGAUUUGUGACCAAAACAUACCUACACCCAUAUUGCUUUUCUCCUAAACUGAGAAUCUUCUGCUGAUCUUCCCGUAUACAGGGAAGUACCAAGUGGCAAUGUCCAUGGUGCAAAUAAGAAACCUGCUCUAGACAUCUCAUAUAGCUUUGCUGGAAUUCCUUUGUUUAAACACCAUCACCUUUGCAUCAAGAGGUUACACAGGAGGUCAUACAGCUGGGCUCCUCAGAACACAGACAGAAAUAUUCAAAUCACUUAUUCCGGAUUAGUCACAUUGCAGUCAACUUGAGAAUCAUGGGAUUUAAGGAUCAUGGUCAUAAUGAUGUGCAGAGUACCCAGAGUGUCUGAGAGAAAGAAUUCAAAAGGGGCAAUUACGGUGUUGCCACUUAGGAGCUAUUCAUACAGGGCUCCUGCAGUGUGUCAACUUACUGCUUGUAGCUGACCUGGGUUCACACCGGAUCAGGCAGAAGGCAAUGCAAUUCCAAUCAUGUUACCUUCUAGCUGACCUGGAACAAACCCAGGUCAGCCACAUGGUAUUUACAAAUAGCAGGCUGACACCCUGCGGGAGGCCUGUCUGAAUGGCUGUCACAAGAUCAGUGUGAUUGUUGUAUAGGUAGGAAUAGGGGAAGAAGCCAUUGAGCUGCACUGUUAGAGAUCUAACAGGGUUUCUCUGUUCUGUGUAGGUUCUACAGAAGCAGCGCCUGACUUCCUCGCAUCUAAGCAAGCAUGCAGCCAGUCUGUUCAGCAAGUCUCACCAAGCCAACAACAGCCGAGCCACCUCCACCAGGCCAACACCUCCCCCUCUGUUUCCCUAAGCAUUGGCCAGAUGGGCUCCAUCUCGCUCCCCACCUAGGCUUCUGACAGUGGGAGGGUGCGUGCAUAUAUAAUACUUUGUGAAAAGAAGGGCUUCAGUUGGGUAAAGCCCUUCUCUCCUGAUCUUUUAACAGGGCAUGGUCUGGGGCACAGCCUCUGCAUUUCUUUCCUUCAGAUCCCCAGCUGAGUUAUUGCAACCACUUUAUUGUGGUAAGACAAAGUCAGCAUCACUUAACACAUUCAAUUCAUUUUUAACUAGUUCAGUGCCAGGCAACAGGCACAGUUUUUGAAAGGGUUUUGAGAAAAUGUUAGAUUUUUAAAUAGCAUGUUGGAGUAGCUUUCUAACAAAUAGUGUAAGCAGUUAAUGUUCCUUCUUGAAGAAAUGGGAUAUUGUAAUGGAUUUCUACCAUUUAAAAAUAAAUCACACUGAAAUGAUUAAUGAACAAGACAUGUGUUACGUUCCCUACACGACUGCUGCCAAUAAAAUGUUGAGACACAACA